AUGGACGAAGUAGACCUCAACACCCCACCGCCAGCUUCAAGCCCAGACGAUGAUGCAAUAUCACCGAGCCAUACGAGUAAACCUGCCAGAAGAUCGAGGGUUUCUUUGGCUUGUCAAAGAUGUAAAAGACGUAAACAGAAGUGCAAUGGUGACCAGCCAUCCUGUGGUCGAUGUAUCAAGUUGAACUUAGAAUGUCACUAUGUGAUGCCAAUCAACCAAAAGCCGGGCCAGGCCAAAAUAUACAUCAAGGCGUUAGAAGACCGGGUAGCUGAAUUGGAGAUGCUCUUGACGAGAGGGGGAGAUACUACUGUAUCUCAUGACCACUGGAACGAUCGUCCAGACGGAUCCGACCAUACCGAAGAAAGUGACAUUCAACCUCUCCUUAACGCAGUCCGUGACCUAUCCUUGGAUGUGGCAGGUUCAUACGUAGGUGGAGCAUCAACCAUCACUCUUGGAAGAGCCUUGGAAUCGGCUUUAGCUGGCAAGACAACUCUCAAUUUGCCGCCUGGAAGCUACGAUAGAGCAUACAAUAUGGGCAGAGGGUCCCUUACAGUAAGCGAUGUGAGCUCUCUGCCUGGUGUGCAAGACGUAAGCGUCAGUCACCUUGACCAGGAGCAGGCAGAUGGCAUGGUACACGCGUAUCUCGGCCAUCUGUAUACAAACUUUCCUAUAAUGUAUUCAUACGAUGUUCUAGAUCUGCACAAGCGACGUCACGUACUGACGGAUGUUUAUGAGGAGAGCAUUCUACAUCUCAUAUAUGGACUCGGAGGACAUUUCUUAGAAAAGACAGGGGAUACCACAGGCGCAUACUCACCAGAAAGACACUACGAAAUUGCGCUAGACAAUCGUGAAGCCAUCUUACGGCUGGGUGAUACUCGAUCCCUUACCUAUCUACUCCUCUUGUCUCAACAUUGUCUGAGAAUGCCAAAAGACCCUGGUGCUUGGACUUUCGUUGGCCUGGCUAUGAGAAUGUGCGUUGAGUUGGGGCUCCAUCGACGCCGUCAAUCAUCACGUUUGUCCCUGAGGUCAGAGCUGAACAAGCGCAUCUUCUGGGCAUGUUAUUACUGGGAUAGAGAUAUCUCAAUUGCCCUAGGUCGUCCACCCUCGAUUUCCGAUCACGAUAUUGAUGUCGAGUUACCGCUGGAUGUUGACGAGGCAAAUCGUAGUGUGGAUGCGUUGCGACUUGCUUCAGAAGCAGACAAGUCAAUUCCCGUCCUCCCGGAAACCACCAUGACAUGUUACAUUCAUCUUCUUCGACUGAAGAGAAUAGAUUCGGAUAUUCAACACUUGAUUUACCGAGUCGAUACUAAAAUAUCCUCUCAAGAUAUCUAUAGGAUAACUGAUGUGUGUCUGGAUCGACUUUUGGCCUGGAAAAGCGCCAUCCCCCAACAAAGUACUCAGGUAGCUCCAAGUGAUCGCCACAAUUUCAGGGGCGACGAAUACCACAGUUAUGACUCCUAUAUGGCUUCAUACCACAAAAGCGUUCGGCUUUUGCUUCAGCCCCGUUUAUACGAGAAGCAGAUCAACCCGCGAUAUCUCGAAAUUUGCGCUGAGUCUUGUAGAGGAGUUUGUGAAACCUACAAACGAAUUCAUUACCGAAUCCCAUUAGUCUUUACAUCUGUUUCGCUCCAAACGGUAUUUCUUGCAGGUCUGACACUUGUGUACUGCAUGUGGCAUGACUUCUCAAGUAGCAAUGGCUUCAAAAGUGUCGGUGCACUUACCGACUGUAGCAUCAUUCUAUACGUGAUGACUGAAAAAUGGCCAGCUGGGAGAAAGUAUCGAGAUCUGUUCGAGUCUGUAAAACAAUCUGUACUCGAUGCCAUCUCAGAAGAAAAACACAUUCCAGGAACCGCUGUGCCAUCUUUGAAAGACGAGAUGCAGUUGAACACACAAGGUCUACACGUAAAUCCUGAUACCGAGGGUAUCCGCGAAGACUUGGAGCAAAUGAUCGGUGACAUGACUGGCGAGCAAAUAACACUAUGGGACGAUGUUGACAUGACCCUAGGGGGGGGUCUUGAGCCAGAUUUCACUAUACCUAUCGAGGGCUCUUUGUCUUCACAGGCUGGUACGCUUUGGGAAGUGCCAGAAAAUGGUGGUUGGUUUGAUAAUCCAUACACAGAUACAAAUCAUAUCCUUGGUUCGUAG